GCACCUGACGUUUGUUUGCGCAUAGUGAAUCCAGAGUGAGUUGCCCUCGCAAAGGAUGAAAAUGAACGAUUACUAUUCUGUCUUGUUUGAUACAACUGCACUACGAGUGAGUGUUGAGACCCAAAUAAACUCUAGUUUCAUAUUGGCUGUAGAAGUAAAACAACAAGUUAUCCGCGUCGAGGAGGACUACACAGCGGCACACAAGGUCCCCUAAAUCAAGCCGCAAUUCUGCAUUGUAACCAGUCUUCAGAGAUGUCUUCCACACUUCCAAACAGCCCCCUGACCACCUAUGUGUUGAACACAGGUGACGGAGUCCCAGGGGCAAGAAUGGCCCUCAGUCUGCACCGACUGGACUCACCCCUAGUCAUCUGGAACCUGGUGACUGUGGGAACCACCGACGAAGAUGGUCGCUGUCCUGGACUCAUCACUACAAAAGCGUUCACGCCUGGGAUGUAUAAGAUGCGUUUUGAGACUGGACAAUAUUGGGAGAGUUUGGGUCAGAACUCCUUCUACCCAUAUGUUGAGAUUGUCUUCACUAUAACAAACCCCAACGAGAGAUUCCACUUGCCCCUGCUCCUGAGCCGCUUCUCCUAUAGCACGUACAGGGGAAGUUAGAGCCAUCUCUCGUCUGAGCCUCUGCCCGCACUAUACCAUGGAUGUGGUUAAUCGAGCUAAAAUGCUUACAUGUCCAGUUGAUACCUAAGUGGUCGAGUUACUGUAGUUUGAAAUAGUCAUAAUGAUGAACUGAAGUCAAAUGGCUAUCACGUGCUGAAUAUUUAGCUUUUUGUCUGUUCAUCAUGAAUGUACACAUUUUGUAAUCUACCUGUCAAAUUGCUCAUCCAUGAUGCAAUGUGCGUGUGUGUUUCUCAGCCAAUCACAGAGCAAGAUCGAGCUCCGCAGAGACUCAAAGUCGUCCUAUUCGCGCAUAAAUGAAAUAAAGUUAAUUACAUCUGU